GUCAGUUUCCGGUCUAUUCGUUGGAAGAAUGCGAAACAUUUAGUAAAUCAAUUUAUGUUUACUGGGAAAUAAGUAUCCAGCAAAGAAGAUUUCAAAAGUUGUCAUUGAUAUUCUUUCAAAUUAAUGAAAAGGAAAUGAUAGAAUUAAUUUGAAUAGUUCGACAAACAUCACACUGACAGUACCAAAUCUAACAUUGAAAACAGCCUCGCAGUUUCUUAUUUUUUUUUUAUUUAACCCCUACAUAAAGAACGUAAAAUGCUUUGAAAUGUGAACAGAUAGAACUUUCAGUGACUGAUCUUCAUUUCAUUGAUAUUGUAUCUUCCAUGUGAAAAAUAAAACAAUUGUGGCACAUGAACAACAGUUGUUAUAGGUUAUAAGAUGGACGAUAGUAAAAGAUUUGCGUCUGUUGAAGAUGAACGAGACUAUUGGAGGAAAACUGCAGAAAAAUUUAAACAAGAUUUGGAAGAAACAAAAGAAGAAUUAGAAGAAUUUCAGAUCAGUAGCAGGGAGCUAGAACUAGAAUUAGAAGCACAAUUGGAACAGCUAGAAACCAAAAACAAAGACAAUGAAAGUCAAAAAAAUAAAUUUCAGACAGAGAAUGAAGCUUUACGUGAGAAAUUAGGCCAUCAACAAUCAGGAAGUCAUAAAAGAAUUACAGAACUUGAAGAUGAAUUAGCAGAAGUGACAGCUUUCAAAGAUGAACUACAAAAAUACAUACGAGAAUUAGAACAGACAAAUGAUGACUUAGAAAGAGCCAAAAGGGCUACAGUUGUAUCAUUAGAAGAUUUCGAAGGGAGACUUAACCAGGCCCUGGAAGUCAAUGUUUUCCUACAGAGUGAAGUAGAAGAAAAAGAAUGUCUAGCAGAAACUGUACAAAGAUUAAAAGAUGAAACUAGAGAUUUGAAGCAAGAACUUGGUGUAAAGAAAGCAUUUGGUGGUACAGAGGUUGUGAAGAAUGAAUCUGAAGAUAGCACAGUAACCACGCCAACAGGAUCUAUAGACUCUAAUAAAUUAGUAGAUAGUGGCAUAAUAACAUCUCAGUCUUAUAAAACACCUCCAAUGAAAGGUCUUCCUCCAACAAUAAAUGGUAGUACACCACUAACACCAUCAGCCAGAAUCUCAGCAUUAAAUAUAGUCGGGGAUUUGUUACGCAAAGUUGGAGCAUUAGAGACAAAACUAGCUUCAUGUAGAAAUUUUGUAAAAGAUCCGCCAAGAGAAAAGAAGUCAGCAGGUCCAAACUCAAAUUCACCAAGGUCAGAUUAUAUGCAUGGAGCUAGACCAAGCAGAGCUAAAAGAAUAAACAGAGGAGGCUCGGUACCACCACAACAAGGAGCCAAGAUACCUGUAUAAUGACAUACCUGUAUAAUGACAUACCUGUGUUAUGACAUACCUGUAUAAUGACAUACCUGUGUUAUGACAUUUACACAUCAGAUUUUAGGUUUUGUUUUAUUCUGUGUAUGAUUUGGACUUAUUGUAAUUUCAGUAACAGUAAUUUGUUUGGUGUUUAAAGCUCAUUAUAUGUUGCAUUUUAAAAGAAAACACAAAACUUGAAACCUGUACAUAAAUUUAAAGUUACUAAUCUCUGAAUUUCAUUCCUGAUCUCUGCUACCUGGUUUAUAUGAUGAUUAUCAAGAUAAAUGUCUUCUUGCCAGAGUUUGAAUUUUUAGCUUUAAAGUUAAGUACUUUGGACAUAUUUUGAAUUUUGAAGGAGGAACAUUGUCCUUCAGAACAAUAUUGUAUGUAUAAUAGUUAAUUUACUUACUACAUAUUGCUUCAGUGAAAAGUUUUGAUCUUAAUUGUGUAAUAUGCUGAUAAAGGAUAGUGCUAAUUUUAUUUUAUUCUUCUUGGGGUGCCAUCUAUUAUGUUGGCCUCAUAUGAAUAAAGAUAUGAGUUAGCAAGAACCUUAUGUCAUUGUUAACCUAAAUUGUGUCUCGCCUCAAACAAAUUGCAGAGAUGAGACUAAGGUGUGCUGUUGGGGGCGUUGUCAACAAUGUAUGUGUUUGUAAUAAGGUCAGCUUAAGAAAAGUAGUAGGUCAAUGAUAUUUGGUAGUGGUAUUAGCAUUUGCAAACCUCGUAUCAAUGGAGGUUAUUUGGCCCUGCCCCCUCAUUUAUGUUCUAUUGGCUUUGAAACUUUUGCAUAGUUAAAGUGUUAAAGUUUGUGUUAAGGUCAAUUUAAAUGGAAUCACUUAUGAUAAAUCAAUUAUAUUUAGUAUACAAAUGUAAAGAGCAUUGGCAUUUCUCAUUUCCACAAAGAUUAUUUGGCACUGCACCUUUGAUCUUGGUUAAUUGACUCUGAAUGUUUAGCAUAGUUUACGUAUUAAAGUAUUGCCAUUUUAAUUUCGACAUUUGCAUUAUUUUAUCAAAAUACCAUUCAGGCAAGACAUAUCUCUGUGUCAACAGUUUAUUUUUAUCAGAAUGAUUUUUGGAAGUUUAACAUAGCAAAACAUGGAUUUUGUCAUUAUUUCUUUACAAAUGGGAGUAUGGACUUCUAAAUUCAGCUCACAUUUGUAAUAAGUUUAUGUUUUUAUUGAUGUAAAAAUAUAUUUCUAUUGAAUAAAGUAAAAGAUGUUUAUAUUGGAGAGAUUUUUCUAUACCAUGUUUUUUUUCUUCAUAUUUCUGGUAUCUUAUUUCAUAUUUGGUGUUUAUUAAAAAAUACUUGCCCCAUAUUUUCAUCAUGAAAUGCCAAAAACUUUGGUUUUAAUUUGGAAUAACAAAUGCAUUGAACUUCCAGAAAUCAAUAUCUGUAUGCACUGCCAAAAACUUUUUCAUGACCUUCAUGAAACACUAAACUUUUUCAUGACCUUCAUGAAACGCCUGAUGAUUGUCUUACUGUCUCUGGCAAUGUGAAGUUCAAUGAUAACUGUGAGGUAAACAAUAUGUAAAAAUUUUACUGACAAAUUUAGUAUACUGAUUAGUUUUCUGUUAAUUACUGCUGACUGUUAGAUUUAGUUUAGUAUAUAGAAUAAAACCAUAAUUGUGUUUUUUGUUAUUUUUGUUACACAAUGGAGACAGUUGCAAUAUUAUAAGAAAACUCUGCCUCAUGUUAAUUGUUAUACUCAGUUUUGUUUGUUUAUAUUUGUAUCAUCAGUUUGUUAUAUAUGGUAGAAUUGUAGUCAUGUUGCCAGAAAGAAAUGUCGAUUCAUAUCAGUUUUCAAGGUCUGAUUAUAAUUUGUAAUCUCAAUAAUGUUUAAAGAAAUUGGUCAUAAUUUAGUAGUUAAAAAUCAAUUUUUCAUUUAAUUAUUAAGCCUGCAUUUAGAAAGUAAAAGAACAUAAACACUGCAGGCUUUACGAACUGAGUCAUAAGGGGAGAUAAUUAUAGAAUUUUUUUGAUAUAAAAGAAAAAACAGUUUUAAACAUUUAUAUUUUGAUCACAGUAUUUCUGUACAAUGCUAUACAAGAUGUGGUUGUUAGGAAGUAUAAAUAUUCUUAAAUUCAGUAAAACGUUAAACAAAGUUGAAACUAAAUUAAAAGUAAUGGAAAGAUAAAAAAUUACCAAUAAUAAUGUGAAAUAACAAUAGAUAUGAUAAAUAUAGAUCAAUAAUAAUGUGAAAUAACAAUACAUGCGUUUAAUGGUUGUGAUCUCUGUAGCUAUUAUUUAUUUUAUAAUCAUGCCUUGCUAUGGUUCCUUCUAUAGUUAAUGAGUCUUAGAAAGGAAGGAAUUCCAUCAGAUUUCCAUCAAUAAUCUGGUGUCAUAUUUAUCACUGCAAAAUUGAUGAUGAUUGAUAUACAUGGAAAGACCUUUAAUUUUUGGAUAUUAGUUAACAUAGUUUAUUGAGAUUUUAUAUUUAAGGUUUCAGUUGCAUAAAUAAAAUACAUUGUCGGACAACUUGUAUUUCUUUAGGAAUUAAAAUUUUGUGGUUUAAACCGAUCAUGAAAUCAGUAGGACAACUAGAAGAUCUGUUGUAAUAACAAUGUUUUUACAGAAUUUUAUGUUUAAAAAGAAAGAAAAAACAAAGCAAAAUAUGAAGACUUGCUUCUUUUUAUUAUCUGGAAUCCUAUUACAUAUAUAUAAGUAAUUUUAUCAGAUCACAUUUAUAAUAGACAUUGUACAUUGAUAAUUUAUUUGUAUAUACCUUAAUCAUUAUCAUGUAUGCAUCAUCAUGGUUAAGGACAUUCAUUGAAUGUUUUAUCACAUAUGUUGAUAUUUAGGCUUGGUUUGUCUUUAACAGUUAUGUUUAUCCUUUGUUUUUCUUGUUUUUUUCGCUUGUCAUAUUCAACUGCUAGCUUCUUUUUAUUUUCAUAUUUUAUUAAUAGAAGACAAAAUAACUGCCAGCAUUAUUGUUUUCACUUUCAUAUAAACUCCAUGAAGAAUACAAAAGUUAGUUUAAGAUGUAAUAUUAAUUUUUUCUAUUUAUCUAAUCAGAAAAAUAUGAUGUCAUAGAGUAGAAGUCAAAACAAGUUUACCCAUUAAGUUAUAAAAGGAAAUUCUUUAAAAAGAACUUGAGUGAUGAAUUACAUCCAUCUACUAUUAGUAUGUAAUCUUUUGUAAACUUUUGGUCAUAAACAGUAAACAUUCUGUUUCUUUAUCCCUUUAUCUUCUCUCAUAAAUCAAACAAUGUAUUUUUUACAAAUUUAGAAAGGAUAGGUUUGAUGUUGUGUUAUGAUUGAUAAGUAUUCAGAAAACAUGUGAGCUAUUAAUAAACUGUAGUAUAUUUUUAAAGAAAUAUAGAAUCUAUAUUUUAGUUACACAACUUUAUAAGCCUGAUAAACAUAAAUAGCCUUAUAGUUGCUAACUUUUACAUCAUUUGGUCUCUGGUGGAAAGUUGUCUCAUUGGCAUUCAAUACCACCUCUCUUAUUUAAUAUAAAAGUUGUAUACUAAACAAAACUGGAAAAACUAACUUUGAAAGGCCUUCCUUUAAAAAUAAAUGGUGUUUAUAUGUUUGUGGAAGACAAAUUUAUUUAGAAUAUUAGAGAUGUUAAUUGUUCUUUAAAUAUGGUAAAAACAACUACUUUGCAAUGAAAUUAUUUAUUCUUUGUAGUUGUACAUUUCUUUGAAGGUAUUGCUUAUUGUAAAUAUAAAAAUAUUGUUUGAAGAGGUUAUACAUAACUACAAGAUGUGUAAGGUAAACUAUUUGGUUUUUUUUAUUUCUUGAUUGAAGAGUUUCAUUGAAACAUAUAAAAUCAGAUUGUAUUAUCCAUUUUUUGUGCUGAGAUCUUAUCUGAGUAUAAAGUAAAGAAUGAAAUAGUUAUGGAGAAGUAACACUCUUUUCAGUUCUGACACUCCAUUGUGAAGUUAUGUGAACCCUUCACUUAAGGGUUUUAAAUAGAUUGUGAUUACUUUUAGUAAAGCUUUCAAACAAAAAGAUGAAAUUUAUGUUUACAGGCUGGCAAAUUUGUUCGAUGUAUGGUCUUAAAAUUUGCUUUAACUUGUAUAGAAGAUGCAAGAGAAUGUUACUUUUCAUUUUGAAAUUAAACAUGAAAACUUCUGUAUUUGAUCCAAAUUAUUUUUUGCAAUUUUACGGUUCAAUUCACAAUAUCAAUGAGAGAAAAUGCAUCUUGUUGAAAAAGACAAAUUUGUUCUGGGUAAACAGCUUUAUACAGGAGACAUUUCUUUGAUUUGUUCUAUGUAUGGUCUCAAAAUUUGCUUAAAAUGUUUAAAAUUUGCAAGAGAAUAUUACCAUUCAUUUGGAAAUUUAACAAGAAAACUUCUGUAUUUAAUCCAUAUUUAUUUGCGAUUUUACAGUUCAAUUCACGAUUUCAUUGAAGAAAAUGCAUCUUGUUGAAAAAACAAAUUUGUUCUGGGUAAACAGCUUGAUACAGCCUCAUUUCUUUGAUUUUGUCUUGACAUUAAAAAUAAAUAUAUAAAAUUGUUAGUUUUUAAAUAGCUCACAAAAAUGUUAAGGGGAACUGUUGCAAGAAAGUGAUGACUGGAUUAAUGUACUUUCUCUUUAUUUUUUAUUUUUAGAAAAACCUGCAAAUAUCAUAAUCAGUCUAUUUAUAUUCUAUUCUCAGGUACAGUUUGCAUAAUUCAAAAUUAAUUAAUUUCUUUUUGAUAUUUGAAAUGAUCUUGUUUUAGCAAAAAGUAUCGUUCGGUUAACUUUUAUGGUGGAUCUUUAUUUUUUUUAUUGGACACACAGUUUUAACACUCUAAAACCUUAUAAAAGAUAAAUUGAUUUAAGUGACAGAGUUUUUUUUCUUGUUUCCUCUUUAAAGAUUUCAGAUUUUUUCAGUUUGGCUGAAAGUGAUUACUUGUUUAAUAAAUAAUAUGUACAAUACAGGGGUAUUUUUUUUUAUAAGAAAUGUGUUUAACUUGAUGUUAACAAAAAUCAUGAGUUUAUUUAUGAUUUUGAACACAGAAUUGAUCUAUUCUUUCUUCUUUGUAUUGAUAUAUUUGUUUAAAUUUUGACAUGCAUAAAGGCACAAAAAUAAAACAUAAACAUUUGUA